AUGGCUGUUUCUUGCAACGGAGCCAGCGUCGAGGUCCCGGCGCAUGACGAGGUCAUAUCCACCCCGGACCAAUACCGUAGGACUAUAACGCCUCCCAAGAUAAUGAGCAGUACCGCCCAUGAAACGACAUCGGGUCUUACAGAGGAAUUUGAUAGAGAUUCUGGUUACGAAUCUCCACCAGGCCAGGAAAAAAAUGGCUCAAAUAUUGCCGGAAAAUUACAGCAAAUUACACUGCCUUUUAUGCAGAGGGCUGUUAUCACGCCUGAGAUGGGUGAAGAACUCAACAUGGUCCUCCGAAAGAUCAUCGUACGUGAUCCCGCUCCAGGCGAGGUCGUCGUUCGUAUCUACUACACGGGAAUCUGCCGCAGUGACGCAUGCUUCUCGGUCGGCCCUGGUCCGGGCUAUCCCAAACAUAACCACGUUUCUGGCCACGAAGGUAUAGGUGCUGUGGUCAAAUCGCACGACCCCUCUCUCAUCGGUCAUACCGUCGGGAUACGCUACCUAGGUUCCACCUGUGGAUCCUGCACAUAUUGCCUCCGCGGCCUUCCUACUUCAUGUCCCUCCCAACUCAACACACCCAAGCAGAUUGCCGGCACAUUCCAGGAAUACGCUACCGUUCCAGCCAGCUGCGUCGUACGGUUACCAGAGGCGAUCUGGAACGGAAAGAUUGAUCCUGCGCUCUGCGCCACCGCUCUAUGCUCUGGGUCAACUGCGUUAACGUCCCUGAGAGCAGCUAAGGUGCGCCCGGGGGAUGUAGUCAUCGUCGCCGGGAUUGGGGGUGCCAUUGGACAUAUGACCGGGGCGAUUGCGAAGCAGGUUCUCCGAGCGAGGGUAAUCGGAAUCGAUAUCAAGGCGAAGAUCAACAAGUUGCUGUUGAAAGACCAUGCCCAGUAUAGCGACUUUGCCCUUAGCGCCCCUGAAGCGCAUGAUGGUGAUGCUUGGUUGAAUUUUCACGGUGCGCUACUUCGGGCCUGUGAGGAACUACGAGGUUCCUGUGGCCUGACGCGCGCGGCUGAGGCUGUCAUUGUAUCGAGCAGCUCGUUUUCUGCGUUUUGGAGAUUGGAUGAUUAUGUCUGCGAUGGUGGCAGGAUUGUUUGCGUUGGUGUACCCGAAGGCGAGAACGUCCUGGCCAUUCCACUACGGUCUGUUGUGGAACGCAAUUUGCACUUGUCGGGGAAUUUGAUGGGUGGGCAUCGGGAGGCGCUUGAGGUAGUAGAAUACAUUCUAUCGGGCCAAAUAAAGCCUCAAAUUACUAUAGCUGCAUUGGAAGAUAUUCCAGCACAGAUGCAAAGCAUAGUCGAUUGCGAAACGAUAGGCAAGGUUGUGGUGUCCAUCUGA